AUUUAAUUGAUGAAAACCUAAUAUUCAAACAUAUGCGUCAACAUUCCCAAGCUUUUUUUUCUCUUCAACGUUUUGGGACCAUCCUCUAUUUGUUUUACGGGACCCUUUUAUAUUGAAAGGUCCUGCUUGUAAUCGAUUUUUUUCUUGACAUUAAUAACUUGGACAUUUACAGCUGUGCUCUCCAGGAGAAAGGCUGUACAGUGUACACUUUAUUCAAAGGGACUGAGCACACAAUAAGGACUCACCGUUAUUUCCCCUUUCUUGCACUUGCGUUUAAGGGAAAUUCAAGGCAACCAUGGAAGUUUGUAAAGGUCGUUUACUUGGUAUCUCCGUCGCUGUUGCUCAUGGAUUUUUCUCAGGAUCGUUGAACAUUUUGCUAAAAUUUCUCAUCACGACUUAUAACUUCAACUACCUCACUCUCAUCCAGUGCCUCACCAGCACAUUGGCGGCGAUUACACUUGAGAUAUUAAGGAGACUGGGAAAAGUAGACAUUCCCCCGUUCAGCCUUCAACUAGCCAAAGUCUUCGGAAGUGUUUGUAUUCUGUCCACAUUACAGUCCACUCUAACUCUUUGGUCUCUCAAAGGACUGAGUCUACCCAUGUAUGUGGUUUUCAAACGGUGUCUACCGUUGGCCACCCUGGGCAUCGGCGUGUGCAUCCUGAAGAACGGUAACCCGUCGGUGGGGGUCAUAACGGCGGUGCUCAUCACUACUGGAGGAGCAGCUUUAGCUGGUAAAAUUACACGUAUUAUUAUAUUCUACUUAUACAUCAAGUGAAGUAGGAACGAAACAUUAUGAUUUAUUCUAAAUUGCCUAUCAAUAUGGUGCGUAUUACGCAGUAUAUUGUGGUGAGUGUAUGGGCUUCAAACUACUGCAUACAAGCAAUAAUCCAUCCUAGAAUAAUAUUACAAAUACACUAGCGGGCCCAUUAGGCACAGACGUCAUUUCAAGGUUUAGUUUUGAUUUACACCUGGUUGAGCUCAAGUAAUGUGAGUUCAAGUAAAACAUAAGUCACCAUGAUGUUGGAUUUAGGUAUAAUACACAUUUUCGAAACUCCCUAAUAUUGAUUACUUUUUGCAAAUCCAAUCCGUUUUCCACUUGAUUCAAUGUCAACACAUAUGUUUUUUUUUUAAAUGACGUGGAAACAAUGUUGAUUCAACCAGUUUUUGCCCACUGGGGGAUUACAAAAAAAAAUAAAAAGUGAUUACUGUUUUCUAGAAAGGUCCCAUUGUAAAGUAUACAGAUGCAACAGUUCUGAAUGUUGCUGAUACUGUGAGGAAAGUUCAACACCAUGCUAUGUCCCCAUUAUACCAUCAUAUGGAUAGGAUGUGUGUUAAAGAUGUGUCUCCACACUACUUUAUAAUAACUUUCAGAGCCAUGACAUCCGCACAGUAAAUUGGCCAGUGUUACCUAGUGCUGAUUUUUCAGUGUAACAUUUCUAGAGUUGAUUCAAGAGUUAAAUUAAGUCUGUAGAGUUGGACUUAUCGCACCCGUUACUGAGAUGGUUGUUCCAGUUUAAAUGGUUUAGGUAGUCUCAUUGAGCAAUCUUCCUUACCUUGGCAGUCAUUCUGAAUGCAGAUUUCGGGUGAUUUGAAGUUCAAAUUGAAUCAGCCACUCUGGAUAGAUUGCAAUAGGAAUUACAUAUCACUUUGCAAGCCAGUAUAAACUUGCCUGAUUUGGCCUCCAAACAAGGAGUUUCAGACCACUGGAAAGGCACACUGGGAAAUAUGCAAGUAAGGCUUUACACCAGGGUUCUUCAAUUCCGGUCCUGGAGGGCCGAAACACCUCUGUUUUUCAUCCUCUCCUUCUAAUCAGGGGCUAAUUCAGACCUGGGACACCAGGUGAGUGCAAUUAACUACCAGGUAGAAAUAAAAAACAGAAGUGUUUCGGCCCUCCAGGACCGGAAUUGAAGAACCCUGCUUUACACCCUACAGUGUUAAAGCAACACCCCAAAACAAGUUACUGCAACACUACAGGGGUUAAUUCUCUAACACUGAGAAAGUGUAACAGCAUUAGCUCUAAGCAAAGUGUUAAUAAAAGCGUGGACCCAUAUAGACUGAAAAAGUGUUACAUUUAACACUAUCAGAGAGCUGAUUAAACACUGGAUAAUUUUUUGUGUGGAUACCUUACAAUAGGGAAGUUUCGAGAAACUUUACUGUUCUCUCACCACUGCUGUUGUUAUUGUGACACGGUGUCUGUGUUUACUCAGGGUCUGGUGACGUGAUGGGUGACCCGUAUGGCUACGUGACGGGCGUCCUGGCUGUGAUCAUCCACGCCUCCUACCUGGUCCUGAUCCAGAAGACCAGCAUAGACAGUGAAUAUGGCCCCCUCACAGCCCAGUACUCCAUCGCCAUCAUGGCUUCCCCAGUUCUCUUAAUCUGCUCCAUCGUCAGCAUGGACUCCAUCAACAUGUGGAGCUACACAGGCUGGAGUAACCCCUUCAUCUCUGGCAUCUUCUCCAUCUGCAUCCUCAUCGGCUGUGCCAUGAACUUCACCACGCUGCAAUGCACCUACAUCAACUCGGCCGUCACCACCAGCUUCGUGGGCGUGGUGAAGAGCAUCGCCACCAUCACAGUGGGCAUGCUGGCCUUUAGCGACGUGGAGCCCACAAGGCUGUUUGUGGCCGGCGUGGUGGUCAACACGGUGGGUUCCAUCACCUACUGUAUCGUCAAGUACUUUGAGACCAGGAGGAAGACCCUCUACCAGGACCUGGAGGAGCAAAGCAAGGACGAUAGCCUGCCUGGACAGCCUUACAUCGAGAAGAAGCCACCCAACGGAGACCUGGAGCCCCUGCCCAAUGGUCACACAAGGUCCGACGGAGGAUCGAUCGAAGGAUCUUUCCCCACACAGGAGCACCUACUCAAUAAUCAGAGCCUCAGUGACCUCCCACCUCAAGAUACCAGCAACAGCAUGGAGUUUGUAGAUCUCCAGAGAGAGGCCUUCCAUAGCGAGAACCGGGUCAACCAGGCCAACCAGUCUGUGAGUGACAGUUACGUGGGGGUGUGGAGGUCCAUCCGUAACCUGCAGUUCUUGAAGAAAGACACCUUAAUAGAUCAUAUGGAGGUGCAGAGCCCUUGAUGGGGAAUCUCUGUUUUCAAAGGGUGCAUGUUUUGUCAGUCAUUUAUGAUUGUAUCUUUUUUCUGUUUGUUUUUAAGACUGCUUUGACAUUGCGCACUGAUGAAUGUUUUGAGAUCCGUUUUUUUCUGGCGACAUGCUCUUAUGGAAGCAAAAAAAUAUUUUUAAGAAGAAAUAAUAUACUGACUAUUCAUAAAAAACAUUUAC